CGGAUUGUAUAUUAUACCUUAGUGGAACUUUACUCGAGUAGACUAUGGAACACAACCAGCCACGCCAUCUGAGAGGAAGUGAAUUGUGUUGCACCGUAAAGUUGCGACGUCUUUUCCUACAACAUCGCUUAGAGAAGAGGCGGCGAUGGGACGUUACUCGAAUGAACCGCUGAACACGACUAAGUCGUGCAAAGCGCGCGGCUCUAACUUACGAGUACAUUUCAAGAACACUCAUGAAACUGCUCGUGCCAUUAAAAAUAUGGCUCUUCGGAGGGCACAGAAAUACCUGAAAAAUGUGGUAGACCACAAAGAGUGUGUUCCAUUCCGCAGGUUCAAUGGUGGUGUUGGCAGGUGUGCACAGGCGAAACAGUUUGGAACCACCCAAGGUCGCUGGCCCAAGAAGUCUGCAGAAUUUUUGCUGCAGCUUCUUAAAAAUGCUGAAAGUAAUGCAGAUUAUAAGGGUCUCGAUGUGGACCGUCUUGUAAUCGAUCACAUUCAAGUAAACCAUGCUGCUCGCCUCCGUAGGAGAACCUACAGAGCUCACGGUCGCAUUAAUCCAUACAUGAGUUCACCAUGUCACAUCGAAGUGGUAUUAACUGAAAAGGAAGAUGUCGUUGCGAAAGCAGCAGAGGAGGAACCAUCGAAAAAGAAGCUGAGCAAGAAAAAGCUUGCCCGUCAAAAAGAGAAGAUGAUGAGGGAAUAAAGUCUUUGUCUAUCUUAAUACAAAUAAUGAGACCAAUUGUAUACUUGACCAAUAAAAGUUACAAUGUUCUCCAA